AUGUUAUUCAUUUUUGGUUACCCUUUAAAAGUCAUAUCACUAAAGCCUCCACGAUCGACUCAAGAUGUCAUUUGUUUUCUGAACUGUUCUUUCAUAUUACUCCCACCCCCAAAUUGUCUUUCUUUCUUUCUUUCUUUCUUUCUUUCUUUCUUUCUUUCUUUCUUUCUUUCUGUUUUACCUCGUUUCUUUCUUAUUCAUUUUAUUCGUUUCUUUCUUUUUCUUUCUUUCUUUCUUUCUUUCUUUCUUUCUUUCUUUCAUUUAUUCAUUCAUUCAUUCUUUCUUUUCCUUACCGCUUUUUAUUUCUUUCUCUUUUUCCUUCUCUGUCUUUCCCUUUUUCUUCUUCUCUUUCUCUCUUUUUCUUUAGUUCAUUUUCAUUCUCUCUGUCCUUCAUUUUCAUCCCUUCUCCCUCAUUCCUUCUGUCCUUUUCUUUCUCGUUCCUUUUCUUUACAACUUUCCAUUUCUUUUGUUUGUAUUUAUUAUUUACUCUCUUCUUUCAAAGAAAGUAGGAAACGAAGAAAAGAAAACUUUCUUUUUAUUUCGCUUUCAUUCUGUUUUCUUUUUGUUUCGUUCUUUCUUCUUUACAUUUUAUUAUUUUCUACCACUUUCCAUAUCUUUCUAUCUACUUUUCCUCCUCUCUUUUCUUCUUUCUCUCAUCUUUCUACUUCUUUCUUUCUUUCUUUCUUUCUUUCUUUUAGUUUCACUCUUUUCUACCUCGUUCUUUAUCCCCUUGUUUUAUCAGCAUUUUCUUUUACCUUUUUAAUUACAACAAUGUUCCACUUUCUGUUCGAACCUUGUCUUCUAACUCUGCCUUCUCCCCCCUUCUUCUCCCUCCUCCUCCCAUCUUCAUUCAUCCUUCUUUGUAAAACGCACUCCUUAUUCGUAACUCCAAAAUGUCGCACGACUCUAAACACACUCGCGGGAAGAUAUUAUUGUACAAGCAAGUAUAUACACAUUUGUGUGGGGGUGACGACAGCCCCUACCCACACUCUUAGCAAAUUUGAGGAAGGAGCUUUUGUUCGAGUCUUAUUCACGAUUUUUUCUCGCCCUCACCCCCGCACAAAAGGCAACAAGAGUGUGUCACAAUCGGGGACAAGGCAGAGUCCUGAUGACAGGAAAUUGCGACUCUUCGCCAUUUUGUCGUUUCUUCGAACAAUGAGAAUAAAUCAGCCCUACCACAUCUCUUGCCUCUCUCUCUCUCUCUCUCUCUCUUGCUCUUCCCCCUUUCUCUGCCGCACUUCUUCUCUUUCUCGCUUUCCCCUCUCCCUCCAGCUCUCUCUUGCUCUUCCCCCUCUCUCUGCCGCACUUCUUCUCUUUCUCGCUUUCCCCUCUCCCUCCAGCUCUCUCUUGCUCUUCCUCCUCUCUCUGCCGCACUUCUUUUCUCUCUCGGUCUUCCCCCUCUCUCUAUCACGCUUCCCCUAUCUCUCUUCCUCUUCCCCUCUAUCUGCCACUUUCUCUCUCUUCUCUCUCUGCUGCUGCUUCUCUCUCUCGUUCUUCCUCCUCUCUCUCACUCUUUCCCCUCUCGCCAGCUCUCUCUCUCUCUCUUCCCCUCUCUCUCCCGCUCUCCCUAUCGCUCUUCUUCUCUAUCUCUCCCUCUCUCACACUCGUUCUUUUUCUCUCUCUUCCGCUCUUCGCUUCUCUCCCCCUCUUUCGCUCUUCGCCUCUCUCACCUGCUUUCUUCCCUUCUACCUCCUCACACUUCUUCCCUCUCAUCCCCUCUCGCUUUUCUUCUCUCUCUCUCUCGCUAUCUCUUUCUCGCUCUUUCCCCUCUCUUCUGCUUUCUCGCUCUUUCUCUCUCUCCCACUCUCCCUCUCGUUUCCCCUCUCUCAAACUGCCGUUGUCACUUCUUUCGGCUUCAUCAACCCAUUCAUAUCUUCUGGGUCUUUUGUUACAAUUAAAGCACCGACUUUUCAACACUUCCUUCGAUUCAUAACAAGUCUGUUUACAUUGUUUUCGGGGUUCUUUUUACUUUGUCGUCGGGAAUUUUAUAUUAACGAGAUUGCUUUCUUUUCUCGUAAUCUCCAGUAA